GAUGAAAAAUGAUGCGCUAGGAUUCAAAUUCAUCUGAAACUAUCUAUCGUUUCUUGAACAUUGGAGUAACUGAAGAAUGUGUGCUGCCACUAGCUGAAUAUUAAUCAAACUCGGCACGGAAGACAAGAAGUUUCCCAGAAGAAAACGAUUUCAUGCUUAACAGACACUGUAAAGAUCACGCAGGAAAGAUGUGCUCAACGAAAUUCGAAAUGAUGGUGGAAAAUUUUGUGCGGUCGGGAAAAAUCGUGAAAAACUCUUCGCGCGAAGAAAGUGGACAGCCGUUCAAAGAAAUUUUACUCCGGAAUUUCUUUUUUAUAUGACCUUACAGUGUUGAAAAGUAAUCACGAUUGCAGAAGAAACCUCGCAGCAAAAAGUACACGUCAUUAACUUGAAAUGAAGUACCGAUUUUACGUUUCACACACUGAUGUAAAAACUACCCGCAUAAGUACUUCAAAUCGCUCAAAGCUGCAGUGAAGGGUCGUUAAUAUUCCAUUCAAUUUAACUCGCGGUUUUAACGUAAACAAUAUGCGGGAAUACAAUUUAAAAAUCUUCCUUGUGGAAACGUGAAACGUCGCGUAGUGUUCGAUGGGCGAAGUGAAUUCGGGUCGCGUGGGCUUGUGCAAAAGCGAGUGAAUUUGUCGGAUUCUCCGGUCGGAAGAUGGGUUGCCCGGGGGCGGAAAUCCCUACCGGGUCCGGGGUGGGGCUUUGAAGCUUGAGCUUGCGAGCUUUGAGCUUUGAGCCCGUCGGAAUGUGAGGCUCGUCGGACGGUGUGAACUUAUGAGAAUCGCGCGCGAUGGCCGAGCCGCUCAUGAGCCUGGGGAAAGAAAAGUGGAUCCUGAACCUCCUGUGUCGCCUCAUCUACACGACCUUCACGACGACCUCGGACAGGAUGAACCAGCUCGAGUGCUCCUUCGUCCACCAGACGAACCGGUUCGUCUACCGCAACACCAACGACUCCAACCUCCUCGACCUCUUCGGGGAGCUGUCCCCGCCGUCGGACCUCAACUCCUCAGAGAUCUACGAUGAUCGGACGUUUCUCGAUAACAGCACCCUCACCGACGCCCUCAUCAACUCGCUCGACAGCGACGUGAACAGUGUCCGGAACGCUAGUUUCCUCUUCGAGUGUUCGGACCCGGAUAGCGGGGAUGAGCUGGUCUGCGGCCAGGACCUCCGCGUUAACAUAUCAUACUUCAAGAGGCAUUUAGUGAGGACGACGCCGUUUCGGUUCCAAGUGGUCAUUUCGGCUCGGAUACACUCGGGCUUCCUCCUCAACGCGAGUAACUUGUUCAUGCACUGCGGGGAGAACACUUCCGCAUCCGACGGCUUCUUCACGUGUUACCUCGAGGUGGAGAGGCCUGUGCGGGAAGUCGCGGACGAAGAUGAGAGUGGGGUGGUGGCGCCCAAGUACGGUUGGUACUUCUUGGUCGUCAUCGUCUUCAUAGUGGCCGGCGGCGUGGGCAACAUCCUCGUUUGCUUGGCCGUCUGUCUCGACAAGCGGCUCCAGAACGUCACCAACUACUUCCUCCUGUCGCUGGCCAUCGCUGAUCUCCUCGUCAGCUUGUUCGUCAUGCCGCUAGGUGCCAUACCGGGAUUCUUCGGUUACUGGCCGCUGAACAUUGUCUGGUGCAACGUGUACGUGACUUGCGACGUGCUGGCGUGUUCGGCGUCGAUCAUGCACAUGUGCUGCAUCAGUCUGGGCCGCUACCUCGGCAUUCGGAACCCUCUAAAGACGAGGCACACCUACUCCACCAAACGCCUCGUCGGCAUCAAGAUCUCCCUCGUCUGGGUUCUCUCCCUCUGCGUCAGCGGCUCUGUCACAUAUUUAGGGGUUUCAAAUCCGAGCAACAUAAUGCCCGACGAUCGAGAAUGCGUUAUCAACAAUCGUGCAUUCUUUGUUUUCGGCUCAUUAGUGGCGUUCUACAUUCCAAUGCUCAUCAUGGUAGUUACUUACGCACUCACAGUGCAAUUACUCCGGAAAAAGGCUCGAUUUCUUGAGACCCAUCCAGGAGGGGAGUCUGAGCCGGUGUUCCGGCGGCUUGGAGGCCGUUACUGCAAACCAAAAGGUGGUGGAAGGGCGACCACUCCGACCUCUGACACCUACGCAGCAGCACCAAAGAGUCGAAAAACCUUCGGCCUCACAGCAGGAAAACUUUUCCGUCCCUCGACACUUUUUGAUAGGCAAUCAAACAACGUUCAGAUCGUAAGUUCCUCUCAGUCGCAACUGAACUUCGUCAACGGCGGGAGCAACGUAUCGGAGAGCGGAUCCAAAUCCGGCGUUCCGGUGGUUCCGACCGUCGACGCCAGCGUCUGUGACCGGGAGACCCAAACGCCCGACAACAUAGCUCGCGAGACGAGGAACUUCAGACUGAAAACACUAAGACUGCAACUCAACGUCACACCUUCCACUUUAAAUUUAAGGUUUCUGGCGAACCGAAACAAACGGCAGAACUUGGCUGCGGCGAACGCUGUGCGGACGGAGCAGAAGGCGUCCAAGGUGCUGGGUCUUGUCUUUUUCACGUUUGUCCUCUGUUGGGCGCCUUUCUUCUCUCUCAACAUCCUUUUCGCUAUCUGUCCCAAACCAAACUGCCAAGUGCCCGACCACGUCGUCAGCAUCUGCCUCUGGCUUGGAUACGUAUCGUCCACUAUCAACCCCAUUAUCUACACAAUUUUUAAUCGAACUUUCCGCGCAGCAUUCAUCAGGUUACUGCAGUGCAAGUGUCAAAAGCUCUCGAGGCCGCCCAGGUAUCGGUCGGUGAACGAGAACAGGAACUCUGCGACGACGCCGGCCGGGGCCGUAGGCAGCGCCGCGACGCUUCCGAUCUCGUUGUCCAUGCAAGGGACGCCGCUCCUCCAGACGCCUUCCACCACCUCGCACUCCUCGUACCUUGCUCGCAAUUGCUAUCCUGAUAGUUUCAGUGUUCAGGAAGAGACCGAAGAAGAGUAAUCCUCCUCAGUGGCGUGGCGCGUUUUGUGAUACAUCGAUUGAUCUGCCAUUUAAACCUGUGGAAAACUAGAUCGUACCUGUAUACUUAGAGUAUAGACAGAUGUGAAGCUCCGAAAAUCCAUCAGGCCUUCACCGAUGUCUCCGUGAAUAAAGUUAGGGCCCAGAAAUGCAGCCAACUUAUGAA